AUGGUUUUGACGAGAAAAGUGAAAGCUUCAUUCCUUUUUCCCCAACGAAACAUUUGCAAAGCAUUUUACAUUGGGCAUGCAGCGCAUGCUUCAGUCUCACCAAUCAAGAAUUCCUCUGUGAACACUGUUAAUCAAUGGAUUCAACAUUCCAGGAAGCCCAAAACUUUGAACCCUAUAGUUUCAACCUGCUUUUUCUCGACCCAGUCCAGCAAAUUCCCAGAAUACGAGAUGCCCACGGUCACUUGGGGAAUGAUUCAAGGCCGAAAGGAGAAGCUGGUGUCUCGUGUUAUCAUCUGCGAUUAUUUGAAGAGUUCCGGAAUAGUUCCGGAUGAAUUAGAGCAUUUGGAGCUACCGUCAACAAUUGAAGUGAUGAAAGAGAGAAUUGAGUUCCUCCAGAAGCUGGGGUUAACCAUCGAUGACAUCAAUGAGUACCCAUUGAUGCUAGGGUGUAGCGUUCGGAAGAAUAUGAUCCCUGUUUUGGGUUACUUGGAGAAGAUGGGUAUUCCAAGGGCAAAAUUCGGAGAAUUUGUGAAGAAUUACCCUCAAGUUCUUAAUGCGAGUGUGGUGGUUGAGCUUGUUCCGGUUGUGAAGUUCCUUCGGGGUCUUGAUGUCGAGAAGCAGGAUAUUGGAUAUGUGUUGCAGACGUACCCAGAGCUUCUGGGUUUUAAGCUUGAAGGUACCAUGAGCACUUCCGUUGCUUACCUAGUGAGCAUUGGAGUCUGCCCAAGAGAUAUUGGGCCAAUGAUCACUCAGUACCCUUACCUUCUGGGAAUAAGAGUAGGCACAAAGAUCAAGCCUAUAGUUGAUUACUUGGUCUCUCUAGGGCUUCCCAAGAAGAUCUUAGCCCGGAUGUUUGAAAAAAGGCCUUAUAUCCUUGGAUAUGACCUCGAAGAGACGAUGAAACCGAAUGUGGACUGUUUAAUCAGUUUUGGAGUUAGAAGGGAAGCUUUAGGUUCUGUUAUAGCACAGUAUCCACAGAUACUUGGGCUCCCUUUGAAGGCUAAGUUGUCUUCCCAGCAGUAUUUCUUUCAUUUGAAACUGAAGAUUGAUCCUGAAGGUUUUGCUGGUGUCAUAGAGAAGAUGCCACAAAUUGUUAGUCUUAAUCAAAAUUUGAUUUUGAAAUCCAUUGAGUUCCUCCGUGGCCGGGGCAUAGCAGCUGAUGAUGUAGCAAAGAUAGUUGUGAAAUGUCCACAACUGGUUGCUCUUCGGGUUGAGCUAAUGAAGAAUAGUUAUUACUUUUUCAAGAGUGAAAUUAAACGGCCAACACAAGAGCUCCUGGAGUUCCCAGAAUACUUCACUUACAGUUUGGAAUCAAGGAUCAAGCCCAGGUACCAGAGGUUAUCGAGCAAGGGGAUCAAGUGUAGUCUGUCAUGGUUCCUUAACUGCAGUGACCAGUGUUUUGAAGAGAGACUACAGGCUGAUUAUAUUGAGACAGAAACUAAGGGGCCAUCAUUUUAUAUGGGUGGGAGAUUAGAGCUACCUCGGAGUGAGAUCGUAUCAGAUGAGGAAGAAGAUGAGAGUGAUGAUGAAAUACUCUAUAGACGCUCUGUUUCCCUUUAGUGACUUCUUUCAUGUCCAUAAUCAAUCAAAUUUAACUUUUAUACUCCGGAUGGUAAUGUGAUUCUAUCUUUUUGUUUGCCUUCUCA